AAAAAAAAAAAAAAAGAGAAAAAGAAAAAAAAAAAGUCGUGGCGGCGGUGCUGGUUCCGAGACGCGGGGGGGGGACCAUCUGAGUGUGACACACGGUCCCAUCCAGCUGGCACGGAGGAGAAAAACAAACCCCAUGCCAAGGCUGCCCUCCUCGAUCACAACCAGGAGCUGACUUUAAUCUCCAUCUCAGUGGUGCAAAAUGGAUGCUGCGUGGAGUAAUUUCCUCUUCCAGGUAGGCUUGAAUGCUCCCACCCAAAACCAAGUGGAGGGGAGCCUCCAAUCGGAGCUCAUGUCGGUUCAUACGAGCUCUCCCCAAACCCCACCCACCGAGCACAUAGCUCAGCCUCCCUCCACCGUGGACACCACCGCUCUCAAAGAGGAGCCCAUGCCCAUUGAGCCCUGUGGAUCGGAUCUGCACCCUGCUGCGACUUCAUUAGUGAAGCCCAUAUCCCGACCAGCCCGCGUGCCGCACAUCUGUGCCAUUUGCAACAAGCAGUUCAAGAACAACUACAACCUUCGGCGGCACCAGUCGGUCCACACAGGGCGGCCCGCAAAUCAGAACCCCACACCAGUGAGGAAGAACCACGCGUGCGAGACGUGCGGGAAAGCCUUCCGCGACGUUUACCACCUCAACCGCCACCGCCUGUCGCACUCUGACGAGAAGCCCUUCUCCUGUCCCAUCUGCCAGCAGCGCUUCAAGAGGAAGGACCGCAUGAGUCACCAUGUGCGCUCCCACCAGGGCGGCGUAGAGAAGCCCUACAUUUGCCCUCACUGCAGCAAGGCUUUCUCAAGGCCUGACCAUCUCAACAGUCACGUGCGACAGGUGCACUCAUCAGAGCGGCCCUUCAAAUGCCCGACAUGCGAGUCCAGCUUUGCCACCAAGGACCGCUUGCGUGCGCACAUGAUUCGCCACGAGGAGAAGGUCCCGUGCCACAUCUGCGGCAAGCUCCUGUCGGCCGCUUACAUCACAGAUCACAUGAGGGUGCACAACCAGUCGCAGCACCACGUCUGUCAUCUGUGCAACCGCAGCUUCACCACGCUGACGUACCUGCGCGUCCACGCCCAGAAGCACCAUGGCCAGGAGUGGAAGGACAGCCCAGGAGGAUUCGGCGGCACGACGUCCGGCGGCGUGCUCGUCUGCCAUCUGUGCGGCGUCCACUGCAAAACGCCAACCCAGCUCCAGGGCCACAUGGGCACCCACAGCAACAGCCAGGCCGCCCAGAGCCCCGGCGCCUCUAGCGUCGUCGCCAGCAGCUCCAUUUCCCUCAGCAACAUGGUGACGGCGCCCACCGUGUACGUCACGGGCGGCACGGUGGUGGACCUGCUGGUCACGGACUGCUCUAGCAUUGCAGCGCCACAGUCGCAGAGUUAGCGAUAGCCAGGUCAGCAGCAGCAGCAGCAGCAAUAACCUCAGUCCUUUAAAUCAAAAGAGGCCAUGGUAAAAUAAGUGAUGCGUAGAUGCUAAUCAGUUCACAGUUAACGAUCAAGGCCGAAGCAUCAGAAACGGAUGCCAUUUCGACAUGUUUGCAUUUCAACAUGCAUGGAUGUGUCAUUUUAACAAUCCUAAACAGUCGGGGGCGUCCAUUUUGGUAACGGGCCUUCAAUGGGGACUCACAUCUGAAUAUCACCACGAUCAUGUAGGGAUAUUUAAAAACUAUGAAUACUAUACAAAAAAAAAACCACAAUAGAUAAUAAAAUCGAUAUCUAAUAAUGACAAAAACAUUUUUGAACAUUUUAAAAUACAUUAAUCAUUAGAGAUGCUGAUUAUUAAAUGGAGUAAUGUGUGGAGGUCAAACUUGCCAAUAUAGUUUAAAGUACAUUGAUCAGCACUACUGAUUCUGAAGGCCCCAUGGGCAGAUUAGAUUGACAUGGCAACACUAACAAGCUGAAAUGUGAUUGGACAAAAACAUCCAACAUCCACAUACAUGCACUGGAAGAAGUGCAGCCAAGAGAAAUGCUUAAAAAUGAAGAGAGAGAGACUAUUGGGAAUAAACUGACACAAUUUCGUGGAACAAAUGUUUAGGUUGUAAAUGGAGGUCAUUGCUUCUGAUCGCGUUUAGGCCAGCAGAGAAGACCUCGCUGGCCCGCCGCUGAUACUUGGACGCUCGUCUCCAACUAGACUGAUGGCAACUGUGCUCUUAUGGGCAUCUACUGUUUUUUUUAUUCUCCUUUCAGCCCUCACCCCUCGCAUUGGCUGCUCUGUUGAACUCACACUAGCGCUGAUCUUACCUCUCUUAUUUAUUUUUUUUAUUUUAUUUUUGGGGCGGCUCAAUGACUACAAAUAAUUAGUGCUUGCGUUCUGAAUGAGAAUUAGCCCUCUGGGGGGAGCUAAAUUAGAAGGGUGUGGACAAGGCCGGGCUUUUCUAGCAUGUUAGCUUGUUUGUUCACAGAGUUUUAACACAAAUUGUAUGAUUUUUAUACAAAGCGGUUACACUAGUUUAGUAAUUAGCGAUUUCUAGAUCAGGAUGCAAGCACGACAUUGUAAGAGGUACUUGGAGGUUCCGUUGUCAUUGCUUUGAGCGACGAUGAAAAUGGACUUGGAAUGAGUUUCUUGCGCUAAAGUCUUCCUCUGUGGGUCAGGCCAAGAAAAAGGGGAAAAGAAAACAAACAAAAAAAGACGACUUUGAAUCAACACUUCUGCUUUUGACACUGCGACUCCUUUUAACCUGGAAGAAAAAGAAAAAACUACCCUUUGCAUGAACGCAAGCUAACCCGGUUUAUCACCGCAACAGGAACUCUGAGGUUUCACUAAGGUUGUAAACAAUAAUACUUACGUUGAUUUUGUUUUUUAAAAAAAAUGAACUUUGUUGGCCAUUUGUUUGAUUGUAACUGUCAUUGCCAUAGUCUUUGUUUUCUCUACCUGCCAAUCAAAUGAGUAAACCUUAGAGAUUAGAUUUAGUGUGUAUAGCACCUAACAUAUUAAGUCUUUGUCAUUUUACAUGGAGCUCACUGGUUGCGUUGACUUUUAAUAUGGGACUUGUGUUGCUGAGCAAGGGCUUUUAGUCAAGUAAAUAAGCGACACGGGAAGUUGAGGAACAAUUUCUGGUUUUGUACUGGAGUACUUUUUUCAGUUUUGAGUGUUACCUUGACAUUUAUAGCGACAUUUCUUUUCCGUUGUGUUUAAAAAUGUGUUUUUCCUGUUGAGAAAACUUGUCAUUUACUAAACAUUCAUUUUACUUCCAUUUACACUACGAGAGAAAAAAAAAUACCUCUAGAAAUCUGUAUGGCUCUUGUGAUACAUCUUAAUGCCUUAUCAUACUCAACUGCAUUUUCUUUUCACGAUGAUCAGAUAUUAGUUAUGGGAUUCAUUAAGAAUAUUAAUGGGAUGUAUUUAUAUUUAUAUUUUUAUAUUUCUCAACAGUAUGCAUGUCCAAAAAGUUAGUGGAAAACAACAAAAACAUUGAAGCUUAUUACAGUCAUAAGUAUUAGCUUAUUUUGUAGAUGCGGUAGAGAUCAUGUUAUUAUUUUGUAAUCUGGACAAUUUCGAGUAAAAUGGGUAAAGAUGCUUUGUGUUGUGUUUUAUCUGUUCACCCAUGGAUUGUUUUAGUGUUGACAUUUUUAUUAACCAGACAAACAAAAUCAAAUAAAAAAGACUUUCCUUUGUCA